UUUUUGCUGUUGUUCUUCACAGCAAUGAAAGCGGCUGUCCUCAUCCAAAGGUGGUAUCGUCAGUAUGUGGCUCGCAUGGAGGUUCGACGGAGAUGCACCUGGACCAUCUUCCAGUCCAUCGAGUAUGCAGGCGAGCAGGACCAGAUCAAGUUGCAAAACUUUUUCACUUACCUUAUGGAUCACUUCACACCAACUAACAGUAACCAAAGGGACCUGAUCGCUCACAUCUUCACUGAGGAUGAGAUCUACAAGGAGACUGAACUGGAGAAAUACUUUGACCAUGAAAGCAUCGAGCUGCCAGAAUCGUACACAGGACCUCACAUUGAUUUCCCUCUCACUGCUGCCCAUGCAGCUGCCUUAGUGGAAGCCUUCAGACACAAGCAACAGCUCCAUGCUAGAUACGUCGUGCAGCUUUUACACGAAACCUUGAAACACCUCAAACUGCUGCCAAAUAUCAACCGGGUCUGUACCUGCUUCUGCGAGGAGAUUACUAUCUGUGGUGACUUGCAUGGGCAGCUGGAUGACUUGCUGUUAAUAUUUUAUAAGAAUGGCCUACCAUCUGUUGAAAAGCCCUAUAUCUUCAAUGGAGACUAUGUGGACAGAGGCAAGAACUCAAUUGAGAUCCUGUUGAUUCUGUUUGCAUUCUUACUGGUUUAUCCCAAUGAAGUCCACAUGAACAGAGGAAACCAUGAAGAUUACAUUGUAAACCUGAGAUACGGCUUUACCAAGGAAGUGAUGCAGAAAUACAAGAUGCAUGGCAGGAAGAUUCACAAGCUGCUCCAGAUCGUGUUCAGCUGGAUGCCUCUGGCCACGGUGAUCGAUCAGAAGGUCUUAAUAACUCAUGGAGGGAUCUCCGACACCACCGACCUGGACAUCAUUGCCAAAGUCGACAGACACAAAUAUGUUUCUGUCUUGAGACCCCCAAAGAAGAAAAAGAGGCACAAUAUGGCAGAAGCACUUUCUAUAAGAGGGGGUCGAACGAGUGAAGGAGACAUUCAAACCACAAACAUGGACUCUCGUCCGUCCUUGAGGAGGCUCUCCCUGACCUCAACCCCCUGCUACAGCCCUGGCACCAGGAAGAGAAGCCCGCAUGACAUCUCAAGAAAGGUGCGUCGCUCCGUGGAAGAGGAGCUGGAGAAGUGUCGUCGGCAGGUAGGCUUCUCCGAACCUUACGAAGAUGGCAAGUUCUCCCUGUCCUUUUCCGAAUCGGACUCGGAAUCCUUCGAGGUCUGUGAAUCGGAUAACGCUGAAUGGAAGCAGAUUGUGGAUAUUCUGUGGAGUGACCCCAUGCAUCAGGAGGGUUGUGUUCCGAACGCAGUGAGAGGCGGAGGGUGUUACUACGGGCCAGACGUGACUGAGAAAGUCCUGAGCAGACACAACAUCCAGCUUCUCAUCCGAUCCCAUGAGUGCAAGCAAGAUGGCUACGAGUUCUGCCAUAACAGAAAGGUCUUGACCAUUUUUUCUGCAUCUAAUUACUAUGAACUUGGCAGUAACAGAGGAGCCUAUGUCAAGUUGGGCCCAGAUCUGAUUCCUCAUCUUGUACAGUACCAAGUCAGCAGAACCACACGCAAGUUAACUAUGAAGCAAAGGGUUAGCAGAGUCGAGCGGUCAGCACUCAGAGCUCUGAGAGAACAGUUAUUUUCACACAAAUCCGAUCUCAUCAGUGCCUUCGAAAAAUAUGACAAGAAUAAGACAGGCAAGAUAUCCCUGAAUGACUGGGCGACUGUGGUUGAGUCAGUGCUGCAUCUGGGCCUGCCCUGGAGGGUGCUGCGCUCCCAGUUAGUGCAGAGUGCUCCUGAAGGCCUCCUCGAGUACCAUGCCUGGUUUGAUGACCUUGCAAUAGAACAACCAACUACAGAGCAUGUACACCAAAGCCUGCUGGAAACACUUUACAGGAACAGGUCCAACCUGGAGACCAUCUUCAGAAUUAUUGAUAGCGACAACUCAGGUCUGGUUUCAUUUGAAGAGUUUUGUCAAACAUGGAAGCUGCUCAGUUCUCAUCUAAACAUGGAGAUCAGCAAUGAAGCCAUUUCAGACCUAGCUCGCAGCAUCGACUUCAACAAAGAUGGAAGCAUAGACAUCAAUGAGUUCCUGGAGGCGUUCCGCCUUGUAGAUAAAAUCCACUAUACAGAGAGAGAGGGAAGCCUGCUGUUAACAACUCCCGGAGAUCUACUGUAAAUGGACCAAUUAUUCAGAGCUCUGCUGGAAAUGGACCGAGUAUUCAGAGAUCUACUGUAAAAGGACUGAUUAUUCAGAGCUCUACUGGAAAUGGACCGAUUAUUCAGAGCUCUACUGUAAAUGGACAGAUUAUUCAGAGCUCUGCAGGAAAUGGACAGAUUAUUCAGAGCUCUGCUGUAAAUGAACAGAUUAUUCAGAGCUCUACUGUAAAUGGACCGAUUAUUCAGAGCUCUACUGUAAAUGGACCGAUUAUUCAGAGCUCUACUGUAAAUGGACCGAUUAUUCAGGAACUUGGUUUCAUGACAGCUAUUUAUCCACUUGCUCCAAAGAUGAUUGUGGCAGGAUAUAAGCCCUGCACUUUAAAAUAUAGGGUUAUGAACAAAAGGAAAACCAAAAUAUGGGCAGCCUGUUGAGACAGAUGGCCAAAUUGAUUAUUGACAAGAUAUAAAAGCACCUGGCUAGAAAGCUACGCAGUCAGUUUUUGGACUCAAGACAGGAGAGGGAGUGCCUGCAAGGAGCCGUUACAAAGCUCCUGUUAUUUUGCCUACUUCAACUGCUAGUUGUUUUUUGUUAGCACUCCAGUAAGAGCAAGGCUUUUGUUUUCUCUUUUACAUUUGUUAAGUAUUUUGUUUUACUCUUUACCUAAGUGCUCACCAUAUAGUUGUUUACUACAUAUAGCUGAGGAGUGCUUCCUGACACAAGGCCUGACCCCUUUCACACUGCUCAUGUGUGUUGUAUCAAUGACUUUUAUUAUUGGCUAGUUUCACAGAUCCCAAUUAGAAAUAAUCUUGGAUCUUGUAGUAUGUAAGGUAUUCCUAGUCAAGGAUCUAAAUUGUAUUAUUUUGAAAUAAAUAAAAGGGUAAGACAUAUAUGCAAUAACAUUUUCUAAAAAAAUGAAUGUGGUGAGGGGAAAACUGAUUGGGCCGUCCAAAUUUGGACAUAAUUGGACACACUAAAUAAAAUAAAAAAGAUCAUUCUUGCAGUAGUCCUUGUGUGCCUCAAAUA